AUGACCGUUAAAGACCUGCUCCUCGAGUUUCCCGCCUUCACCGUCGCCCUCGACCCCGCGCCCGCGCCCGCGCUCGACGAAGAAACCAUUCUCGCCGCCGGUGGUACCUACUAUCUUAAUCCGUUAGACGGCGAACCGCCCGAUGCAGACGCCGCGGGUAACGAACGCCCAGCCCUUCCGCCGCGGAGCGCAAGCUGCGACCAGGGCGGCGGGUCGGCGGGGCAGGAGGUUGCGCGGGAAAUGGGCGGAGUGCCUUCGCGGACCUUUUCCGCCGCCGCUGCUCUCGCGCGCGUGGAUGACGGCCCCGGGGAAGCCGCAGCGCCGGCGGCGGAGCCCGCUGCCCCAGCAGCGCCCUCGAAGCCGAAGGAAACGGACAGCUAUGCUGACGUGGACGACGAACUGCUUGCGUACCUGGAUCUGGGCGACACGCCUGCAGCGCCGCCCGCUCCUCCCGCGUCGCGCCACAUCACGAAAUUCGGGCAGGAGGACGCGUCGCUCUUUUCCGACGCUGGCAGUUCCUUCGGGGGCAGUGCGCGGGGUUCCCCUGCCGUCGGGGGAAAUUCCCCUUCUGGGUUCGGCGGGCCAGUGCUCUCAGGCAUGAACGCUCUGAGCGGGUCAACUGGGGGCGGGUCGCCUAUGGUUGGCGGAAUGGCGCGGAGAUCUAUGGGCAUGGAUCCGCGCGUCCAGCCAAUCGUCGUCGCGCGUCUCACCUCUCUCCUCCUCUCCCUCUCCCUCCCGCUCUUCCCCUUCCCCGCCGCCACCGCGCCGCGUAUCGCGGAGGCCGUGCCGUACGUGGGGGGCUGCGCGGUGUUCCCGAGCAACAACGCGUGGAACAUCCGCGUCGACCGCCUCCCCGUGCAUCCGCGCUCCGCCGCAUAUGUGCGCUCCAUCGGGCUCAACGAGUACACCCACCCGGACUUCGGCUCAGGCCAAUGGGACGGCGGGCCGAUUGGCAUCCCGGUGAACGUGGUCACAAAGAGCACGCGGCGCGUGUUUCCGACCUUCUACUACGGCGAUGAGAGCGAGCGCGGACCCAAGGCAAUGGCCGGCGUGCUCAUGUGUGACACGCCACGAAUCACUAUCUGCCGUACCGCACCGCCCUCUUCCCUUCCCUCUCCCGCCCUUCCCUCUUCCCUUCCCUCUCCCGCCCUUCCCUCUUCCCUUCCCUCUCCCGCCCUUCCCUCUUCCCUUCCCUCUCCCGCCCUUCCCUCUUCCCUUCCCUCUCCCGCCCUUCCCUCUUCCCUUCCCUCUCCCGCCCUGCCCUCUUCCCUUCCCUCUCCCGCCCUUCCCUCUUCCCUUCCCUCUCCCGCCCUUCCCUCUUCCCUUCCCUCUCCCGCCCUUCCCUCUUCCCUUCCCUCUCCCGCCCUUCCCUCUUCCCUUCCCUCCCUCUCCCGCCCUUCCCUCUUCCCUUCCCUCUCCCGCCCUUCCCUCUUCCCUUCCCUUCCCUCUUCCCUUCCCUCUCCCGCCCUUCCCUCUUCCCUUCCCUCUCCCGCCCUUCCCUCUUCCCUUCCCUCUCCCGCCCUUCCCUCUUCCCUUCCCUCUCCCGCCCUUCCCUCUUCCCUUCCCUCUCCUGCUCCCUUACCCUCCUGCCUGCCCGGCGCGGCCGCAUGCGGCAUCUCCUCCCCUUACACACCGUCUCCUGCGCACGCGCUGCGCUUCACAGCAGCGGCAACACAGAAGAAGUACGUGUGGCCCGCACGCCACUACGCCAGUGACUCCACCAACCCCAACCUGCCCCCCAUGGGCCUCCGCCUGCGCCUCAAAAAGAGUUUCAACAUCUCCGGUUUCCCGAAGCAGACGCAGGUGAUCCUACAAGCCCUCAAGACGUACGGCAUGAUGCUGGCAGACAACGGUGCUCCCUGGUACAUCUCCGGUGCGCCGCACGCCAAGUGGGAUAACGAUGACCUGCACUCGCUGCACCAAGUGCUGGGGAAGAAUUAUGAGGUGGUUGACAUGAGCUCCGUGCCCAAGUACUAG